AUGGCCGAUCUUAUGGGAGGCAGAGGCCCUGCGACCUCUAAUGGCAAUGGCGCCUCGCCUGCACGGCCUACUACGGCGCGAGCAGCCGUCGGCUCUCCUUCCGGAAUAAGAGGUCCUAGGAUAAUUAUGCAGGAGAGAGCUGCGCGAGAAGCCGCGCGAGAACGACAGCGCGAAGAGCAGGAGCGUGAACGCCUAGAGAAAGAACAUGCCGAAAGUGAGAUGCGUUUGCUAGAAGAAGCAAAACUACGAGAAGCGGAGCGAAAAGAUGCGGAGCGCCGAGCUGCCGCUGCUGCUGGCGCUGGCGCUGGUACUUAUGGACCCGGUACCGUCCCCGUCGGCACUGAUCCCACCACUACCCGGCGACCGGCGCAGCCAGCCGCGCCUGGUCGCACGACCAUAGAUAAUAAUACCCGCCAGGCGGGACAAUCGCGAGUUCCUGCGGCAGCCCAACCGUCGCAGUCGGCGCGACACGGGCGAACUACUUCCGAUACGCAGGGAGUUCCCGGUACCUCUUCCGGCCCUAGAGUAGCCGGUCCUUCUGGGACCCAACCCCAACAGCAGCAGCCUCCUCAGCUAGGCGAAACUUCGACAGCUCUCGGACGAGGUAGAAACUCAUUUCCUCAUGCAUUUGAGCGCUGGGAAACUUUAUCAGCUCAUUGGGAAGGCCUUACUAGCUUUUGGAUCCGUAGGUUAGAGCAGAGUGCGCAGGAGAUAAGCCAGGACCCUAUCUCUCAGCAGCUAUCACGACAAGUGACAGACCUUUCUUCUGCAGGUGCUAAUCUGUUCCAUGCCGUGGUUGAACUGCAACGCCUACGGGCUUCGUCGGAGCGUAAGUUCCAACGCUGGUUCUUCGAGACCCGCGCCGAGAUAGAGCGUUCUCAAGAGGUUACUGGUAUGCUCGAGGCGGCUCUCGAAGAGGAACGCAGGAGCAGAGCCGAUGCGAUUCGCGAAGCCGUCGAGCACGAGCAAGGCACCUCCAAGAUGCAGAAGCAGAUAAAUGAGCUACGCAAAGAAUUGACCAUUUCUAAGGAGGAAGCGAGGCGCGCGUGGGAGGAACUUGGACGACGGGAGCAAGAGGAGCGCGAUCGCACUAUGUCCUUACAGCUUGGUCAACCCACUAUCGUUGGCGGUGUUCAGGUCGUCCCGAUGACGCAAGGUGUGGGCCGCGGCCACUCUCAACGAGACCCUCGCUCUUACAACCAAACGGAGCCGGCGGAUUAUGCACAAUCGCAUACCUCGCCUAGCGCUGAUCGUCCUCAGUACUCUCAGGCCCCCGCGGUUAAGCCAACCCCGGCUUCGCGUGAUAAUAAUCCCGCUUUCCAGACACCCUCGUCUGUUCAACACCAGCAGAGCUACGGUUCCGAAGGAACCUACAGCGAAGGUCAGUACAUCAAUGGUAUUGUCAAUAGCGCAGCGAGAAACCCCGUCCGAGACACGCAAGAGCACAAUCCUUCUACACGUACCAAUCCAACCCGUACCCAUGCUUCACAGGGUUCUGACGUUGCAGCAGAAGAGUUCGAGACCCCUGCUACUCAGCCGGCCGUCUAUCAGCCGACCGGCGCGAGUUCUCAGCAGCAACAGCAACAGCAACAGCAACAGCCGCAGUACUCGGCGGCUCCGGAUUAUAGCGGCGCUGGAUACUCGGCGCCUUGGGAUGAUAUAGGUAGUGCUCCGCGUCACCAUCACCCCACACGCCUGAGUGACGUGCUCGAGGAAGAGGAAGAACGGAGCCGUACCAGCGCGAGCCAGAGUCAGGUCAGCCGGCCUUAA